AUGGCUCAGUUGGGCGAAAACAUAACCGAGUCGCUGGAUGCUGAACUAGCAGAGAUAGGAAGGAGCAUGAGGUCAUCAUUUCGAACUGCAACGGCAAGUUUGCGAAGAAGCUCCGCUGUUAGUUCCAUGCGGUACGAUGAUGACGAGAAUGAGUUGAUUUGGGCUGCAGUCGAAAGACUACCCACCUUCGAACGAGUGAGAACAUCAGUUUUUGAUCAUUGGGAUGGUGACAAUGGCUCUGGAGAACAAAACAAAAGGAAGGUAAUUGAUGUCACCAAACUUGGAGCACUGGAGAGGCACUUGCUCAUCGAAAAUCUCAUCAAGAAUAUUGAAAGUGAUAACCUUCGCCUGUUACAGAAACAAAGAGAGAGAAUAGACAGGGUAAAUGUGAAACUGCCAACGAUAGAGGUGCGAUUCAAAGAUCUGUCUGUAGAGGCAGAAUGCGAAGUGGUUCAAGGGAAGCCCCUGCCAACUUUGUGGAACACCACGAAAAGCAUCUUAUCAGAUCUCAUUAAGGUCCCAGGAGUAAAGACUCACAAAGCUAAGAUUCACAUCCUCAAAGACAUCAGUGGGAUCAUCAAACCUUCCAGGAAAGAUGUGGAAAAACCACCUUCUUGA